AUGGAAGAUCUAGACGAAACAUUAUUUGAAGAAUUUGAGAACUACUCCUAUACCCUGGAAUAUUACUCCUCAGAGUCUGAUUUGGAGGAGAAAGCCCACCUGGGAGUUGUUCACUGGAUCUCCCUGGUGUUAUACUGUGUAGCAUUCAUUUUGGGUAUUCCAGGAAAUGCCACUGUCAUUUGGUUCACGGGGUUCAAGUGGAAGAAGACAGUCACCGCUCUCUGGUUCCUCAAUCUGGCUAUUGCGGAUUUCAUUUUUCUUCUCUUCCUACCUCUGUACAUCUCCUACGUGGCCAUGAAUUUCCACUGGCCCUUUGGCAUCUUGUUGUGCAAGGCCAAUUCCUUCAUUGCCCAGCUGAACAUGUUUGCUAGUGUUUUUUUCCUGACGGUGAUUAGUCUGGACCGCUAUAUCCACUUGGUCCAUCCUGUCGUAUCUCAUCGGCACCGAACCCUAAAGAACUCCCUGAUAGUUAUUACAUUCGUUUGGUUUUUGGCUUCUCUAAUGGGUGGUCCUGCCCUAUACUUCCGGGACACUCUGGAGUUCAAUAACCACACUCUCUGCUAUAACAAUUUCCACGAGUAUGAUCCUGACCUUACUUUCGUGAGGCACCAUGUUCUGACCUGGGUGAAAUUUAUUGUUGGGUACCUCUUCCCCUUGCUAGCAAUGAGCAUUUGCUACCUGUGUCUCAUAUUCAAGGUGAAGAAGCGAAGCAUCCUGGUCUCCAGUAAGCAUUUCUGGACCAUCCUCGCUGUGGUCAUGGCCUUUUUGAUUUGUUGGACUCCUUAUCACCUGUUUAGCAUUUGGGAGCUUACAAUCCACCACAGUAGCUAUUUCCACCAUGUGCUUCAGGCCGGCAUCCCCCUCUCCACUGGCUUGGCAUUCCUCAAUAGUUGUUUGAACCCCAUCCUCUACGUCCUAAUUAGUAAGAAGUUCCAAACACGCUUUCGGGCCUCGGUUGCUGAGAUACUAAAGCACACGCUGUGGGAAGUCAGCUGUUCUGGCACGGUGAGCGAACAGCUCAGGAACUCUGAGACCAAGAACCUGUGUCUCCUGGAAACAGCUCAGUGA